UUUUACUGCACUGUCACUGACCUAAUUAAGCAGUCAUAGAGCUUUUGUGCAACCGCUGGUCCGUCCCUGGUGUGAGGAUAGAGGCUGCAGCCUGUAGCAGCGAGAAGCAGCUCUGAGCGAGGGGGCGAGGAGGGGAGGGGGUGCAACCGGAGCUCACGUUUAUUAACGACCACCGACAACCGGGAAACAUCCCCUAUUAACAUCACAGCGACACGCAGCCGGGGAAGAUGGUCGCAGUGCAGACGUCUCUCAGCUCUUCUCCGUCGGCGGAAUGGAUCUGUUGUCUGGAUAAAAGGCCUUCAGAGCGCUCAGGCGAGGAUGUGGACAUCAUUCUGACCAGACUGAGAGAGGUCAAGACCUUCCAGAGAUUUCCACCUCCACUCUUACUACAGAUCUGUGCCUGCGCCUUCUACGAAUGUCUGGAGAAAGGCAUCACGUUGUUUCGACAGGGAGACAUCGGCACCAGCUGGUACGCUGUCCUGUCUGGCUCUCUGGACGUCAAAGUGUCAGAAACCGCCAACCAUCAGGAUGCUGUCACUAUCUGCACUCUGGGGAUCGGGACGGCCUUCGGGGAGUCCAUCCUGGACAACACACCCCGUCAUGCAACUAUCGUCAGCAGUGAGACCAGCGAGCUGCUCCGGAUUGAGCAGAGAGAGUUUAAGAGCCUCUGGGAGAAGUAUCGUCAGAGCCUGGCUGGACUUUUGGCUCCACCUUAUGGAGCCAUGGAGGGUGGAUCCAACAAUGACAGACUCACAGAUAAAGACAGCAUGAACUCAGACUCUGCAAACAAAGCUCACAAGAUUCCCUCAGAGAAGCUGAGGAGAGCAGGAAAAGUUCUCCGUAACGCCAUCCUGUCGAGAGCGCCGCACAUGAUCCGUGACAGGAAAUAUCACCUCAAAACGUACAAGCAGUGCUGUGUAGGCACAGAGCUGGUGGACUGGUUGGUGAUGCAGAGCGCUUGUGUGCUAACACGCUCACAUGCUGUUGGGAUGUGGCAGGCUCUGCUAGAGGAAGGAGUUCUCAACCAUGUGGACCAGGAGCUGGGCUUCCAGGACAAGUACCUGUUCUAUCGGUUCCUUGAUGAUGAGGAAGAAGACACACCCUUACCUAGUGAGGAGGAGAAGAGAGAGAGUGAGGAAGAGCUGCCUGAAACCAUCCUCUUCCUCGCUCAGAUUGGCCCUGACGCUCUGCUGCGCUUGAUCCUCCGGAAGUCGCCAGGUCAGAGGACAGGUGAUGACCUGGAGAUCAUAUAUGAUGAGCUGCUUCACAUCAAGGCCUUAGCUCACCUCUCCAACACUGUAAAGCGGGAACUGGCGAGCGUUGUGAUCUUUGAAUCUCAUGCAAAAGCUGGAACUGUGUUGUUUAACCAAGGAGAGGAGGGCACAUCUUGGUACAUCAUCCAGAAGGGCUCUGUUAAUGUGGUAAUUUAUGGCAAGGGUGUGGUGUGCACACUUCAUGAGGGUGAUGACUUUGGGAAGCUAGCCCUGGUUACAGAUUCACCUCGAGCUGCCUCCAUUGUCCUGAGAGAGGACAACUGCCACUUCCUGCGUGUGGACAAGGAGGACUUCAACAGGAUACUCAGGGAUGUGGAAGCUAACACGGUGCGUUUGAAAGAGCAUGAGCAAGUGGUGCUGGUUUUAGAGAAGAGUCCUCGAGCAUCCACCCUGGGAAGUAUCAAAUACACUGUGAUAUCAGGGACACCAGAGAAGAUUCUUGAUCACUUCCUAGAGACUAUGAGACUGGACAUUCAUCACAAUGAACCAGACCCAGCGGUGGAUGAUUUUGUUCUCAUGCAGUGCAUCUUCAUGCCAAACAGCCAACUCUGUCCUUUACUCAUGGCACACUACCAUGCUGCAUCUCCGCCGGGCUCUGAGCCGGAAAGGCUGGAAUACUCUCUUAACAAUAAAAGGAGGGUCCUCAUCCUGGCACUGCGCUGGGCAAACACACACACCUACCUCCUACAGGAGGAGCCUGCUGCAAUCUCUUUCCUGGAGGAGUUGUACGGAAGCGCAUCAAAUGAUUCUCGGACCCUGAGAGGCAUGAAAGAUCUCAUUCCCGACCUUGAAAAAGUGGUGAAAUUACACUCUGAGGAAAUCAAAUCAACAAAAAAGAAGACCCUGAUACGGCAGUUCAGCAAUGGAGAGGAAAGGCUGCAGAAGAAGCAGCCCAUCAGGAAUCAAGAUGACAUCCUCCUGAAGGUGUUCUGCAGCGAUCACACCUACACCACAAUCAGGAUUGCAGUGGCAGCAACCGGGAGGGAGGUGAUCGCUGCCGUGAGCGACAAACUUGGCACCACCGAUGAGCUCCUGCUGAUCCACCUCAGCUCCGCUGCUGAAAAACAGAUUCUGAAGCCCAAUGACGUGUCAGUCUUUUCUACAUUAAGUAUCAAUGGGAGGCUUUUAGCCUGUCCUCGAGACCAGCUCAGCAGUGUGACCCCUCUUCCAGACCAGGAGGGUCCCUCUGCAGGCUCCAUGUCUACAUUUGAGCUGAUGAGCUCCAAAGACCUGGCUUAUCAAAUGACGAUGUAUGACUGGGAGCUGUUCAGUUGUGUGCAUGAGCAUGAGCUGCUCUACCACACGUUCGGCCGUCAGAGCUUUAAAAGAACCACAGCUAAUCUGGAUUUGUUCCUGAGAAGGUUUAACCAGGUCCAGCUGUGGGUGGUCACCGAAGUCUGCCUCUGCACUCAGCUCAGCAAGAGAGUGCAACUCCUCAAGAAGUUUAUUAAGAUAGCUGCACACUGUCGAGAAUUCAAGAACCUUAAUUCAUUCUUUGCCAUCAUUAUGGGGAUGAGCAACCCUGCGGUCAGCAGACUGAGCCAAACAUGGGAGAAACUACCCACCAAGUUUAAGAAGUUUUACGCUGAGUUUGAGAGCAUGAUGGAUCCAUCGAGAAACCACCGGUCUUAUCGACUUACCGUUACCAAGCUGGAAGCACCCAUCAUCCCCUUCAUGCCUCUCCUUCUCAAAGAUAUGACUUUUACACAUGAAGGCAACAAAACAUUCAUUGACAACAUGGUCAAUUUUGAGAAAAUGCGUAUUAUAGCGAACACAAUUCGACAAGUGAGGAACUGUCGAAGCCAACCCUUCAAUCCUGACAUUUGCCAGCCAAAUAAGAACCAGGCUGAGGUACGAGGCUAUGUUAGGAAGCUGUGCGUGAUUGACAACCAGAGAGCGCUGACACAGCUCUCCUACAGGCUGGAGCCUCGGCGGACAUGAGCUCCAAAUCUUCCACCAUCGUCGCCUUGUCUGUGAUGUUAGCAUAAACAAAAAUACACACAGUUACACAUUUACACAACUCAAAAACAAGGGGACAUUUAGUAGCAAAUCCCAGUAGUGACUUUAGCUCUACUGUCAAAGAUCAAGGACUUAAACUGUGCCGUUAAAAGCCUCUUCCUUCUGUUCAGCUGCUCUCGUCGCUGUGUGUCAGCUCCUGGACCGAUGGUUUGAAUUUUUCUAGUUGUUACUGUUUGGGACCUCUUAGAUAGAACUAUAAUGUAUAGAACGUGAACCAAUAUCCUGCAUGUUUGAAUUACAUAUGCUUUGUGUUCUAUACAGUGGGUUUCUAUCAGAGAGUCCUGUACUGUUGUACCACCCCAAAUGAGUCCUAGUUUACAAUAACUGACUAAUCUGGCUGUCGAACAAACUGGACGACCCUUUUCACCGGAAGAUCUAGUUUGUAGUGUUUCAAACUACUUUUUAUCAUGUCAAAUGCACAGAAAUCUCAGCGUAUGUAUUUACUUUAUAGUUUAAAUGUUUUUAAUCAGAAACCAAAUUGAAAUAUUAAAGAUUUCUUCAUGUAAAAUCAGAAUAUUUUAACUAGUCAGACACUUUAAAUCGAAUUAACAGAGUAUUGGAUUGUUGAAUACCCUAAUAGUAUUACAAAAUUAUCCAAUACGUCCAGUGAAGAAUUCUCUUUUCUGUUAGAUGCAACUACAAAUAUAAAUCAUUUUGGAUGAUGGCAAUGCUUGAUUUGAUCUGUUCUGAGAUCAGCUGAUUGGUUAAACUGGGGACUGAUUUGUAGAUUUAGAGCAUAAAUCGAGGUUUGAGGAGAACCCUUGUCAUAUUGAGCAGUUGUGUUCAGUCUGUGUGGUUUUAUUUUUGUAUACGUAGAUUCAGAGCGUGUCAUUCCUUUUCCUUUGAUCUCAGGAGCUUUUGUUGUGAUGGUGUGUGAGGCUGGCUUUCCCCAAAGCUACCUGUAAACUGUUUUAUGUGUAGUCUGCCUUGUAAAUAAAAUAAAAUUAGCUAAUUUAUCA